AUGGCACCUACCCAGCCUUGCGCAAAGUACCAAUACGUCCUCACCUCCGCCGGUCCCAAGAUCCUUCCAGUCCCUGAUGCACCCCCCAAGGACGAGGAGUCUCCCGCAGACUACAACGCCGGCGGCUACCUACAAAUCAACCUGCAUCACUCGUUCAAGGACGGUCGAUAUCUCGUCGUCCGCAAGCUUGGAUGGGGUCACUUCUCCACCGUAUGGCUUGUGAAAGACACCCACACUAGUCGCCACUCCGCGCUCAAGGUGGUCAAAUCAGCCGGGCGGUAUGCCGAGACCGCGCGGGACGAGAUCAAGCUGCUGAGCCAGGUGCGGGACGAGAGCCCGGGCCAUCCUGGGCGGGAUCACGUCGUGGCGUUCCUCGACUCAUUCCAGCACGUCGGGCCAGAGGGCGUGCACGUGUGCAUCGUCUGCGAGCCGCUGGGCGAGAACCUGCUCGCGCUCAUCGAGCGGCACAAGAAGGCGGGCGUGCCGCCUGCGCUCGUAAAGCUGAUCGCACGGCAGAUCCUGCUCGGGCUCGAGUACCUGCACGACGAGUGCGAUCUCGUGCACACCGACAUCAAGCCGGAGAACAUCAUGAUCUCCAUUCCCGACGUCGAGGCGCACAUCCAGGCGGAACUGUCGAUAUCGCCGUCGCCGCGGUCGCGCAAGGUCGGCGUGCCGCCGAAGAACCUGACGCGCUCCGGGAUGGCGAUCCCGCGGCUGGCGACGGGGCGGGAUCGGCACGUGCAGAUCUUCGACUCGCAGCCGCUGGCGAGCCCGUCGCCCGCGAGCAGCGCGGCGUCGAGCCCGAUGGUGCGGCCCGGGCUGCAGAUGUCGCGGAUGGUGAGCGCGCAGAGCGUCCAUAGCCUGCUGGACAAGAAGGGCAAGGGCAAGCAGGGCUCGGGCUCGAGGUCGGAGCUGUCGGACAGCGGGUCCAGCGCGAGCGCGGGCACGCCGCCGUUAGGGCCGUCGCUGUUGACGCAGACGGCGCCGCACAACGUUGCGCACCGGAGCGCAUCGCCACAUGGUUCCGGGUCGCGCUCGCCACGGGCGUCGCACACACGGCAGUCGUCGUCGCAGUCGACGUACCGCGCGCCGUCGCCGCCCCCGCCCACGCCCACGCCGUCGCCCGUGGCGCCGCCAAUGACGAUCAAGAUCGCGGAUCUGGGGAACGCGACGCCGACGCACAAGCAUUAUACGGAGGACAUCCAGACGCGGCAGUACCGGUCGCCGGAGGUGAUCGUGGGGCGGACGGACUGGGGCCCGACGGCGGACGUGUGGAGCGCGGCGUGCGUGAUAUUCGAGCUGCUGGCGGCGGAGUACCUGUUCGACCCGCAGAGCCAGGGCGGGGUGUUCGGGAAGGACGACGACCACAUGGCGCAGGUGAUUGAGCUGCUGGGCGACUUUGAUGCGGAGGUGAAGUUUGGGGGGCGGUUCAGCCGCGAUAUUUUCGAUAGCUCGGGCGCCUUGCGGUACAUCCGGAGCUUGAAGCCGUGGCCGCUGAAGCGCGUCAUGGUCGAGAAGUACGCGUGGGCGGAGGAGGACGCGGCCGCGCUGUGUGAGUUCCUCGAGCCGAUGCUUGUCGUCGACCACCGCAAGCGGAAGCAUGCUCGGGACAUGAAGGACCACCCGUGGCUCGCGGUCGAUAUGGACAGUGAGGAGCUAUGGAAGUGGUGA